ACAGCUCUUUUGAAAAGGACUCAUACCACUCCCAAGACAAAGAUAAUGGAUGCACCUGACCUCUGGAGCCCCCCGGAAGUACAGUUUUGCUUUGCGGUGGCAAACAAUUCCUGCCCUAGGAAGGAGAGGCCCAUGUUGGUCAUCUGUGCCAUGUACCUUGUCAUGAUUGGCGCAAUAGUGAUGACCAUGCUGGGAAACAUGGUUGUGAUCAUUUCUAUUGCCCACUUCAAACAGCUCCACUCCCCAACCAACUUCCUUAUUCUCUCCAUGGCCACCACGGACUUCCUGUUGAGCUGUGUGGUCAUGCCUUUCAGUAUGAUCAGGUCCAUAGAGUCCUGCUGGUAUUUUGGAGACCUCUUUUGCAAAGUUCACAGCUGCUGUGACAUCAUGCUCUGCACCACCUCCAUUUUCCACCUCUGCUUCAUCUCAGUUGACCGCUACUACGCUGUGUGUGACCCUUUGCAUUACGUCACCAAAAUCACCAUCCCUGUCAUAGAGGUCUUUCUACUUGUCAGUUGGUCCAUUCCCAUCUUUUUUGCCUUUGGCCUGGUAUUCUCAGAAUUAAAUUUGAUCGGUGCUGAGGAUUUUGUGGCAGCCAUUGACUGUACAGGUUUGUGUGUGUUGAUAUUUAACAAGCUCUGGGGGAUGUUAGCUUCCUUCAUAGCCUUCUUUCUGCCUGGGACAGUCAUGGUGGGGAUUUACAUACACAUUUUCACAGUUGCCCGAAAGCAUGCCAGGCAGAUUGGUACAGGUCCUGGGACAAAACAGGCCCUCUCAGAAAGCAAGGUGAAGGUCACAUCCAAAAAAGAAAACAAGGCCACCAAGACUUUGAGCAUUGUCAUGGGAGUGUUUGUAUUGUGCUGGCUGCCAUUUUUCAUUUUGACAAUCGUAGACCCUUUCAUUGAUUUUACAACCCCUGAAGAUUUGUAUAAUGUUUUCCUCUGGCUAGGUUAUUUUAAUUCCACUUUCAAUCCCAUCAUAUAUGGCAUGUUCUAUCCUUGGUUUCGCAAAGCCCUAAGGAUGAUAGUCACAGGAAUGAUCUUCCGUUCUGACUCUUCUACCUCAAGCCUGCAUCCUGCACAUUCUUAG